ACUUGCUUUGCCGUUUCUGACUUAUUCCCCUUCUUCGUUAUCUUCAUUCAUUGAGGUUAGGCGGGCAGUGCGAUGUCGCGUCUCCUUGUGAAGAACAUCCCCGCGUAUCUCACUCAAUCCCGUCUUCGUGAGCAUUUCGAAUCUAAGGACGGCCCUGGUGGCACGCUCACCGAUGUCAAGGUCGUCCUCAAGCCCGAUGGUACCUCUCGGAGGUUUGGCUUCGUCGGCUACAAGACUGAGGCCGAAGCUGAGAAGGCCAGGAAAUGGUUUGAUCGAACUUUUAUCCAUUCUUCAAGAAUCAGUGUUACUGUCGUAGAUGGCGCAAAGGAUGCACCUGCUCCAAGACCGAACAAGCGACCUCGCCUUGAUCCAUCGUCACAAAGUGGGUCUGGUAGCGGUGCCAGAGUCACUUCCCAGAAGAGCACUGCGACCGCUGCCGCUUCUUCGUCCAAGGACGCACAGCUCGACGAGUUUAUGAAAGUGAUGCAACCUCGUUCAAAGAAGGGUCCUUCAUGGGCGAACGAGGAUGGAGUCCUACAGCCGUCUGGAUCCUCAGCAUCUUCCAGAGGGAAUGCCCAAGCUUCGGCCAUUGAAGAUACCGGUAUGGCUGAAACGGUUGAUGCUGGGGAGUCGAAAGCGGAAGGUGUUUCCGAUAUGGACUGGUUCAAGCGGCAUACGAAACCAACCCUCGAAACCGAGUCUGCGGAGAAGGCAUUUGAACAGUCCGAAGACGAGGGUGAAGAGCAACAAGAAGUAAACGAGACGGAUGGUCGUGAGCGGCCACCGGACGAUCCUCUCAAAGCCACGAUAUUGGAAACAUCUCGAUUAUUCCUGCGUAAUCUUGCCUUUUCGUGUACAGAAGAAGAGUUAUUAGAACUGUUCAAACCCUUUGGUACUAUUUCGCAGGUACAUAUACCCUUGGACUCCAGCACGAAGAGCUCGAAAGGCAUGGCCUAUGUGACCUUCGCUAAGCCGGAGGAUGCACUCUCUGCAUAUGAGGCUUUGGAUAAGAAGUCAUUCCAGGGUCGAUUGUUGCAUAUCCUUCCUGCGGUGAAUAGGAAAGGGAAGGUUGAGGUUGAGGAUGUUGGGAAGAAGCGUAAUCUAAAGGAAGAUCGCGAGGCCAAACGGAAGGCUACGGCAGGUAAAGAGUUCAAUUGGGGUAUGUUGUACAUGAAUAGCGACGCGGUUGUGUCGUCUAUCGCAGACCGCAUGAACAUCUCGAAAGCGGAUAUUCUCAACCCGGAGUCGGACAACGCUGCAGUAAAGCUGGCGUUGGCUGAAACGCAUGUAAUCCAGGAGACGAAAUCGUUCUUGGAAUCUAACGGCGUCGUCCUGUCGGUUCUUGCGACAACUACACGCGUGCCACGGAGUGAUUCCACACUUCUUGUCAAGAACAUUCCGUAUGGUACUACCGCAGAACAAAUUCGGGAGCUCUUUGAACCACACGGAGAGCUCAGACGAGUACUAGUACCGCCCGCAGGCACUAUGGCGGUCGUGGAGUUCGCGGAUGAAGACGAUGGUAGGAAGGCAUUCAAAGCAGUUGCAUAUCGUCGAAUGGGCAACUCCAUCAUCUAUCUCGAGAAGGGUCCAGUUGGCAUGUUUGCACCUGUGGAAGAGAGUCCCGCAGAACCAGUCACUGCAACCGCGAUCAAACCUGUAACGAUCCCCGACCAGGAGGCUAUUGCACAAGGGGAAGAGCCUUCUCUUGCCUCAGGCACUACUCUUUUCGUCAAAAAUUUGUCCUUUUCCACAACUUCAGAACGUCUCACUCAAGUGUUCCGCAACCUGCCUUCAUUUGCCUUUGCGCGUGUACAAACCAAGCCAGAUCCUAAGCGUCCUGGUGGUCGACUCAGUAUGGGUUAUGGCUUCGUCGGAUUCAAGGAUGCAGACGCAGCGCGCAAGGCUCUCAAGAGUAUGCACGGCUAUGCCUUGGAUGGACAUGCUCUGGUCGUCAAGUUCGCUGGACGGGGUGCAGAGGAGGACACGGCUGCGGAUGCAAAGCCAAAGAGCACUACAACUAAGAUGAUCGUCAAGAACGUGCCUUUCGAGGCUACGAAGAAAGACAUCCGAGAAUUGUUUGGUUCACAUGGGCAACUCAAGUCUGUACGUCUGCCUAAGAAAUUUGACCACCGUUCUCGUGGUUUCGCGUUCUUGGAAUUCCUUACACGACAUGAGGCUGAAAAUGCCUAUGCUGCUCUGAAGCACACUCACUUGCUGGGACGCCAUCUUGUCCUGGAGUGGGCGGAUGAAGCCGAGCAGGAUAUCGAGGAGUUGCGAAAGAAAGCUGGCGUUGGAUUUGGCGGAGGGAAGGAGCUCCCAGGGCGAAAACGAAAGCUGGAGAUAGGUGAUGGCGAUGGCGACGGCGAUGAAGAGUAGUUGCUAACACUUCACACCCUCUGAGUCUACUACAUCUCGAUGUGAGACGGACGAAAGAAUAUUUUUGUGGGAUAAAUUAAUAUGUGCGAACUAAGAAUACAUUGAUAGAAGAUGCGAUAUGGUAAGAUAGUGGUAUCAUUGAAAGUCCCGUCCGCCUGGAAAUAGCAUCCAAGAAGAGCAGGUGAGAGAAACGUGGAGAAAGUGGUACUGAAUCAGUCACUGGCAUCGGCUGCUCGUCGUCGAUUAAGGCUAAACCUCGAUGGGGAGGAAACUGGGCUACGACUGGGAUCUGAGAUAGAUAGACGUUCAGAGGAUACGGAUUUCCUUGGUUGUUUGUCCUCAACGCCGAAUUCCAAGCGAAGUCUUAGUAAACCUUGCCCCUCAGUCAACUCUUCGAAGAUAUCAGCUGACGAAGGACCGGUUUUGUUGAGAUGACUCCAGAU